AUGGAACGAACAUCUCUGAUUGUGCCCUCUGUCCAGGAAAUAGCACAGCAACGAUUAACAACUGUUCCAGAUCGUUAUAUUCGUCCACAUCACGACCGUCCAAUAAUAUCUACAAUUACGCCUUUACCCCAAGUUCCUAUCAUUGACCUUACCAAACUAUUGUCCCAAGAUCUCAAUUUUAAGCAACCUGAGCUUCAUAAUCUACACUCAGCUUGCAAAGAAUGGGGUUUCUUUCAGCUGAUUAAUCAUGGAGUGAGUAGUUCUUUGAUGGAAAAUGUGAAGAAUGGUGCUAAGGAAUUUUACAAUCUUCCAUAUGAAGAGAAAAGAAAAUUUGGUCAGAAAGAAGGAGAAGUGGAGGGAUAUGGUCAAGCUUUUGUAAUUUCUGAGGAACAGAAAUUGGAUUGGGCAGACAUGUUUUUUAUGGUUACUUUGCCACCACAGUUGAGGAAACCACAUUUAUUCCCUAAACUGCCCUUACCAUUCAGAGAUCAUUUAGAGACCUAUGCUACAGAGUUGAAAAACCUUGCCAUGCAAGUCAUUGACUUUAUGGCAAAUGCUCUAAAAGUGGAGCCAAAGGAAAUUAGAGAAUUAUUUGGUGAAUCAGCUCAUCAAUCAACAAGGAUUAAUUAUUAUCCACCAUGUCCCCAACCAGAGCUUGUUACAGGACUCAGUUCACAUUCUGAUGGUGGUGGCCUCACAAUCCUUCUCCAAGGCAAUGAUGUGGAAGGUCUUCAAAUUAAAAAAGAUGGAUUAUGGAUUCCUGUUAAGCCUCUCCCUAAUGCUUUCAUCAUCAACCUUGGAGACAUGUUGGAGAUGAUAACAAAUGGAAUUUAUGGAAGCAUUGACCACCGAGCAACGGUGAACUCGAAAAUGGAAAGAUUUUCUAUAGCUACAUUUUAUAGUCCUAGUAUGGAAGGGAUGGUAUAUCCAGCGCCAACUCUUGUUACUCCAAACACACCGGCAGUAUUUAAAACGAUUAGUGUAAAAGAUUUUUACAUAGGAUACCUUGGAAGAGAGCUACGUGGAAAAUCAUUCCUUGAUAGUUUGAGGAUCCAAAAUGAAGAUGUUAAAUGA